GUCAAAUCCAAUAUGGCGGAAUAAAAAAAAUAUUUCUUUGAAAUUUUCUCUAAUAAAACAACUUUUUAACUACUUUCGAGAGAAAAUCUGUAAAUAAAAAUAAGAUGUCGGAUCCAGCAGAGUCCAAUCAAAUUGUAGAUGAACUUAGAUCUGAGAUUGCUCGCUUACAAGCCGAACUAGAGGAAACUUCUGAAGAAAAAUUACAAGCGGCUCAGUAUGGAUUGGCCGUCCUCGAAGAAAAACAGAAUCUACAGGCCCAUGUUGAUGAGUUGGAGAGUGAACACGAGGCUACUAAACAUGAACUUGAAUGUGUAUCUAAGGCUUUGAGUCGAUACCAAAGAUCAUCAAAGCAAAAGAGCGCAGCUGGAAUCCAACAUGAAGAUCAUCUCCUUGAAGAGACCGCCACCAGGGAAGCAGAACAAGGAGAACAAAUCACACACCUUGAGAAUGAAUUAAAGAAGUCCAAGGAUGCUAGUGAUAGACUAUGCGCAGAAAAUGACCGAUUAAAUGCUUUCGUACAAGACUUAAACUUGCAAGUUGAUACUCUUGAAGAGACAAGAAAACAACUAAAACGUGAACUAAAGGAAUAUAAAACUCGAGAAUCUAGGAGUUUAACUGAUUACGCUGACCUAGAAGAAGAGAAUAUCAGUCUGCAAAAACAGAUAUUAGGUCUAAAGCAAAACCUGGUGAACUAUGAUGCUAUCAAACUAGAAAACAGACGCCUCGAGGAGAAUCUUGAGAUUAUGAAUGGUCAGUGCGAGGAACUGGUUAAUCUCAGGAAAAUAGUGGAGAGAAAUUUAGAAGAAGCUUUACAGUCACUUCAGCAGGAAAGAGACCAAAAACAUGCCUUGAAAAAAGAACUAGAUCAAAGGUUAACCAGUGAAUCUGUGUUCAAUUUGAGUAAUCUAGCCCAUCUUGGUCUAGGUGAUCUGAUGGGAGCUGAUCAUAAUCACUCCCAUGAUGAUGAUUCCCAUAAUCACCCUGCUCUUAAACAAAUCGAGGCUGACUUUAUAUCCUCUACCCCUAAGCAUGAUACCAAACCUGCCCCUGGGCUGGCUGGAGACCUGUUCAGUGAAAUCCAAGGUGGUGAAGUGGAUAAAAUGCAAACUAUUAUUGAUGAGAAGGAUCAGGAAAACUUUGCCUUACAAGAACUUGUUGAUAAAUCCAUUGUAGAACUACAAGAGGCUAAGAAAGAAAUUGCAGCCCAAAAAGAUAAACUUGAUCUUUUGAAAUCACACAUGAAAGCGUUAGCUACAAUCAGUGAUGCUCAAUCAGUGUGUGAUGAUGUUAAUGACAUUGAUGAGGAAGAACUUGCAAAUGGUGACCUCGAUGAAAACCAACAGCAAGUGCUCCAGCUCAAGCGAGCAAUGCGCCAAAGAGAAAAGCAAUACAACAGCGCAUUACAGCAAAUUGUUGAAUUACAAGAGCAAAUGGCUAAGUUCAAAGAUGAGCGUGUACUCAAUGGGUCUCCAGAUGAUGUGAAAGAUGAGAUCACAAAACUCAGAAGUAAAGUCACUGAGUAUGAAGAUACGAUUAAAAAUCUUGAAACAGACUUAAAAACAAUGACACAAGUAAGUGGCGAGACCCAGGGUACAUUAAGCACUGCCCAGGAUGAACUACUGCGAGUCACUGAUGAACUAGCCCAACUCUACUACCACGUAUGUGAGGUUAACGGAGAGGCCCCCAACAAGAUAGUUCUGGGGCAUAUUCAGGACACCAAGCAGUUUGUACAAGGUGGGGAUGGGGAUGCUGGAAAUUCCAAAGCAUCGGAAGAACGAGAAAAAUCCAAAGAAAGUGAGGCUCAGGAGGGUACUCAAAAGCCAGCUGAACCUAUGACAGUGUAUAAAUUAAUUGAGACUGUUAAUGAUCAAGUGAAGUACCUCAAAAGAGCAGUGGCUCACACCAUUGAUAGAGCCAGGGAGCGUGAAAUAGACACCAGUCAAAACACAGAUGUAGAGGAGCUUCAAGAACAAGUCAUUAAACUCAAAGCAAUGUUGGCCACCAAACGUGAACAAAUUGCCACAUUGCGCAGUGUCUUAAAAGCCAAUAAAUCUACUGCUGAAGUUGCUCUUGCCAACCUGAAACAGAAGUAUGAAAAUGAGAAAGUCAUCGUAACUGAAACAAUGAUGAAAUUGCGUAAUGAAUUGAAAGCUUUGAAAGAAGAUGCGGCUACAUUUGCGUCACUUCGAGCUAUGUUUGCACAACGAUGCGAUGAGUAUGUUACUCAACUUGAUGAACUACAGCGUCAGUUAUCAGCAGCGGAGGAGGAGAAAAAGACACUGAACUCACUUCUGAGAAUGGCCAUUCAGCAAAAAUUGGCCCUUACUCAACGUUUGGAAGAUUUGGAGUUUGAUCGUGAAAGGAAAAAUAUGCGUGGCCCAGCUCGAGGCCCCCGAUCGAAACCAAACAACCAAAAAUCAAGUUUCAAUUCAUAUGAUGAAUAUAGUAGGUACCCCCAACAACGUCAUCAAAAGAGGGACUACUAAGAUAGGUGACUACAGUACUUAAGUGGAUAUAUGCAAUAUGCUGUCAUAAUCAGGCAAAAGAAUGCCGUAAACAAUUGGCCAACCCUUUACACGUUGAUAUCUCGCUGUCAAAAAAUACCAUGUUAGUUUGAAGAUCUAAAAAACAAUUAAAGCUAUUCCUUGACUGCUGCGAUAUCAAUGAUGUAAAGAUGCAUUCCUGCAUAAUCUUUCAUAACUCAGUUGCCAUGGUCACACAAAUAUAUGUGCUGGGGUGUCAACCCACCUGGCAGUCUAUACCAAAAAUCACCCACCAAUAAAACAUAACAUAGCAACUGAUAAUUUGGAAUUAUACUGUGGGUACACGAUAAUUGCAUAUGAUUAAAUGUGCGAUGCAAUACUCUGACUCAAUAUGGGGUAAUAACUAUGAAAUCCAAAAAUGUUUGUUAUGAAAUAUAUAUAAACAUAGGCAAAGCCUAUCAAAUGAGACCCCUAAUUAAAUGCUAUGCAUGAUUAGUCUCAGAGAUGUACAGUGUACUUAGACAUGUCUAGCCUAAAUGGCGAUGGCAUAAGACAUUUACAAAUAGGCCUAUGUGUAAUGAAUUAGAUUUUAUGUUAUAACUUGGUACAGUCAAUGUACUAGACAUUUUAUUAGUGAGAACUGUUUGCUAUGCAUGAUACAUUUACGCAAUGUAGCUUGGGUGGAGUUAUUGAAUUAAUGAGUAGGCCUACUGAAUUUAAAUCUCGGCUUAUCUCGGCUCUUUAUAUCCAGUAAUUUAAAGAGUUGGAAAUAUUUAGGUAAUUCAAUUUGGAAAGUUGCAUCAAAUUUGAAAGAACGUACAAAGAUAUUGAAACUAUUCAAAUACCCUAGUCAUAUUGUUUUGGCCUUUUUUGAAUGAUUUUUGACACUGGUGUUUCCAGUGACUCUAUUUGGUAGACUUUUGUGUUUAAGCUGCUUUUUUAUGUAGAAGUAGGCCUCAGUUCUCCCUUCUUGUGUCAGUUUGUAUAUAGUGUUAUUUUUAGCCCUCGGGUCAAUAAUUGAUGAUAAACUACUAGGACACUCAUUAGGAUAUUUGAAGAGACCAUGCAAAUAAGCAUAAUGGCAACAUACCUCUAUUACACGUGCUGCACAUUCUGUUGAAGUCACUGUAAUGCUGUGGUCACAUUUGCUCAGAUUUUC